AUGUCAAAAUCUUCACUUUACAGCAAAAUUCGCUCCAUUCUUGGACGCAAACCCCGACCUUUGGGCCCUGCUCACCCAAACUCAUACCCGCUCUACAUCACCCAUGAUCUUGUGAGCGCUGCGAUGAACACUAUCGUCGACAAAAGAAUAUCAUGGCCCAGAGACCCGGAGUAUCGAGUUGAGGUGGUCAUGAUCAACAUACCCUUUCAGUACUGCCCAUCGCACAUCGCAAACGCUAUGCCGCCAGAUUGCAGCGGCAGGCAUCCAUACGCUGUUGCCAUCGCAGAGGCGAGAUUCCAAAGAACGCCCGAGAAUCCCGGCGGUGAACUUUCCGAGAUUGCGAUGGUAGAAUGGAAAGAGAUGGCUGUGACCUUCAGUCUGGCACAGAGAGAGUUUGUCACCGUCGUUCCUCUGAAUAAUGUCAUACAUAAAAACCAGGGAACAAAGUAA